GGACUAUCACAGCGUUGUACCCAGGAGCCACCGAGGCCGGGACACGGGAGGACAUGGUGGGGGUCUUCACGCUUUGUCGGUGGUCGUGUCCAGGCUGUGAGCCGUGAGAAAUCCUCACCCUCAAGCAAGAAGCCAUCUUCUCGUCAAGACAACCUUUUAAUGAAUUCUUCAUUUACCACCUUCUACAAGAGUCUUGCAGCAUUACCGGGAUUUCUGCUGUGCAGAAAUGACAGCCAGGCAGAAAAGAGACUCCAGAGCGACUGGCAAAGUGUCCUCAGACCUAGGACACUCAAGCCAAUCCCUAUAUACAAGCAGAGCACACAAAUCGGAAAGUCUCCCAAGCAUUGCAGGCAUUGGGCUGGGAAUUCAAGAUGUCAGAUCAGUCAGUAGUGUGCCAGUCACGAAGACGACCAAAAGCUUUCUCACCAUUGUUAAACCUGAGAAACCUGGGAAGAGUGCUGUCAGCAAGGCAGUUCAGGUAUCCUCUAAUGAGGAACAUUUGUUGCUUUCAAAAAUAGAAGCUUUAAAAAAAGAAAUGUGUUUGCUGAAAUCAUCUCUAAAAGAGAAAGAUAAUCUGGUUACGGAGUUGAAUGAAAUCAUCAAAACCAAGACUAUGCAGUUUACCAGAGAGAUGGAAAAUGAAAUAAAUGGCCAUAAAACCACCAGGCAGACACUGGAAAGAAGCCAGAGGAUAGUGGAAGAGAAGGAGCAGCUACUGACGGAAAGUAUCCAGCAUCAUGAGAAAGUCCAGCAGGAUCUGCAGGAUCAGUAUGAAGAGAUGCUGGCAUCACUACGGGAGCAAACCCAAAAGGAGGUCAACACCAGGGAUGAAAGGAUCAAUAAACUGAAGCAGCAGAUCUCAGAGCUUUUCAAAGACAAGUCAUGGGAACAUAAGAAGCAGAUCGAAGAACUUCAGAAGGAACUGAAGCGAUUGGCAGAAGAAGCUCAUGUGCUUCGAGGACAGCUGAAGAGACAUAACGUUUCAACACAUGAAUGUGGGAAGUGUAAGUCACUGAUGUCGGCCCUCGAGGACAGCCGGUUACAACUAAAACUGAAGAACAGGACAAUAGAAGAACUGCAGUCGGUGUGCCAAGGGUUUCAACAUCAACUCCAGGAACAAGAGAAAUUGCAAAGUUUGCUUGUAGACAAAGACAGCAGGAACCAAAAAUAACCCAAAGAAGGCGGAAUCCAGCAAGUGCUUCAUUACUCUUCAGUGCCUUACCGCUGGGAGAUUUGUAUGACCAGAUCAUCAGCUUCUGUAAUAAUUGUAUAAUGGUCCUUUAAUCUGUGCUAAAUGAAUCAGAACACAAAGCGAUAUGAACUGGAAGAUGUGGAGUGGUGUCAUUAUUUCAAGUCCACUUAUUGAGGUUUUAUAUCCUGCACAGGAGACUCAACUUUCUGCUCAUUUUCAAGAGGAACGGUGCUGUGCUUGUGUACAUAUCAAUCUCUAUGUAUCACAUUAUUAUGACCACUUCUCCAGUGUCUCAUGCCAGAGGAUACAUUUGGUGUAUGGUCAGAUACUCUAUACCACCUAUUAGUCGGCUUACUUUGUGACAAUGUCAUAUACAUACGCCAGUCUUGAUCUCCCUGCA